GGCCGCUGAGGGGAGCGGGCGGGACGGCGGCGGCCGGGGCCGUCCUGCUCCACGGCGGGCGGGCGGGCGAAGGCGGCGAGACACGACCUCGGGCUGUCGGUUAAGACUCCGGGAAUGAAGCGAAGUAGAUCAGCUCUCGAAAGGACCAGGCAACUUUGGAGGUUGGCGUGGUGUACCCAAAACAGACCUAUCAGCUCUACAAAACAAGAUGUGUUGGCAAAUCGUUCUGACCAUGUUUGUGCUAUUGGACUUUCUUCAAAUGGCAGUUGCCCACUGUAUGGUCCAUCAAAUUGCUCCCAGGAACUUUACAUUACCCUGUAUGCUGCUGAAUGAGACAUUUUUGAGUCCUUUCUCUGCUGGAGUGGUAGAGAGCUGGUCUGGUUUGAGGAGAGACCAUGGAGCAUCCGAAACCAAGCCUCCCUUGCUAAUGAAUGAAGAAAGUUUUCUGUGUUGCUUUUGGAGUGAUAGCGACAUUGAUUGUUCUUUGUACAGAGCAAGCAUGCAAGCAAGGAAUUUUAUUCCUUCAGAAAUAAGUAUCUCUGCUUCUCAGGAAGUAGAUUCAAAUUGGAAUAUUGAAUGUUGGAUUCAAGGCAAGCUGGACCUAUUAGUUUGUAGCCUGCGGUUUUUGAAGUUGUACUUGAGAGCCGACGUGAAGGUUAAUCUUUCAUAUGCUGUAUCAGAGCUGUCACUGGGAGAUGUAUCUACGAGCUCUCUAAAGGGGACUGUCAUGAUUGCUGAGUGUGACUGUAGCGAGUAUGACAAAUGUGAGUGCUGCGUGCCUUCUCUGAGACUCAACUACACUUACAUCAUGUGGCUGAAGAUGAUGAUUGGUGUAACACCUCUGUGGUCACCUUUGAUGUCAGUCAAGCCCAUAGACAUAGUAAAGCCUGAACCUCCUUUGAACCUGCAUCUAGAAAUGACAGAGAAAGGUCAAGUGAAGAUCUGCUGGUCCGACCCUGUGCUGAUGCCAUACCCACUUCAGUAUGAAGUGAAGAUCUCUGCAAAUUCAGGUCAAAAUGGUUGGGAGAUGGUUCAAGUUGCAUUAGAAACCUCACUGGCCAUAGACAAUAAACUACUUGAUUCUUCAUACUUAGUUCAAGUGCGGUGCAAGAAUCACCAUGGUCCAGGGUUCUGGAGUGACUGGAGCACACCAUAUAAUCUCAACUUGGGAGCUGAAGUCCUGUACUUCCCUCCCAAGAUACUGACCAGUGUUGGUUCUAACGUUUCCUUUCAUUGCAUCUAUAAAAACAAAACCAAGAUUGUAGUGUCCAAGAAGAUUGUCUGGUGGCUGAAUUUAGCAGAAGAAAUCCCAGAAAGUCAGUAUACGCUUGUGAAUGAUCGCGUAAGCAAAGUUACUCUUUUCAACUUGAAAGCAACAAAACCUAGAGGAAGUUUCUUCUAUAACGCAUUAUACUGUUGUCAUCAAAAUAGGGAAUGUCAUCAUAGAUACGCUGAAUUAUAUGUAGUAGAUGUGAAUAUUAAUAUCACAUGUGAAACGGAUGGGUACUUAACUAAAAUGACUUGUAGAUGGUCUGCAAACCCAAACACAUUGCUCCUGGGGAGUUCCUUGCAGUUAAGAUACUACAGGAGCAGAAUUUAUUGUUCUGACUUUCCAAGUACUUCUCCAAAAUCAGAGGUGAAAGAAUGCCAUUUACAGAAGAAUCAUUCUUACGAGUGCACAUUUCAGCCUAUUUUUCUUUUAUCUGGAUAUACCAUGUGGAUAGAGUUUAAGCACUUACUAGGAACACUUGAAUCCUCACCAACUUGUGUCGUUCCAGCAGAUGUGGUGAAGCCCCAUCCCCCUGCCAAUGUUAAAGCAGAAAUCACCAGGAAUGUUGGGCUGCUGAAUGUGAGCUGGACAAACCCAAUAUUUACGAACAAUGAUCUUAAAUUUCAGAUUCGGUAUGCUGUGAACAGGGAAGAAAUUACAUGGGAGCUUUAUGAAGUUUCAAAUGCACCAACAAGAUCAGCUGUGAUAAGAGUUCAGAAACUUUGUGUUGAGUAUGUUGUUCAGGUCCGGUGCAGAGAACUGGGUGGAUCAGGUUACUGGAGCAACUGGAGCAGAUCAGCCUAUACAGUUGUAAAAGAUAUCAAAGCUCCCUUACAAGGCCCUGAAUUUUGGAGAAUUAUUAUUGAAGAUCCAGCAAGGAGGCAGAAGAAUGUUACACUCCUGUGGAAGCCACUGAUGAAGAAUCACUCAUUGUGCACUGUGAGCCGAUAUGUUAUAAAGCAUCAGACAUCAGGAAACACCACGUGGUCAGAAUAUGUUGACAAUGGCACUACCUGUUCAUUUCCAUGGACUGAACACACACAUACCAUUACAGUUUUAGCCAUGAAUUCAAUUGGAGUUUCUGCAGUUAAUUUUAAUUUAACUCUAUCACAGCAAAUGAGCACAGUGAAUGUUGUGCAGUCGCUUAGCGCUUACCCAGUGAACAGCACUUGUGUGAUUUUGAUUUGGACGCUUUCACCUCAAAUAUAUGUGAUAACAUCUUUUAUUAUCGAAUGGAAGAACCUUAACAGAGAAGAGGAGAUGAAAUGGGUGCGAGUUCCUCCAAAUAUUAGUAAAUACUAUAUUUAUGAUCACUUUAUCUUGAUUGAGAAGUACCAGUUCAGCCUGUACCCUGUGUUUGCUGGAGGAGUUGGGAAAUCCAGAGCAACGGAUCAGUUUACCAAAGGUGGAUAUGAAAAUGAGAAUAAUGCCAGCCUCUAUGUGGUUCUACCAAUAGUUAUUUCAACCUCAGUUCUGCUGCUUGGAGCAUUGCUGGUUUCGCACCAAAGAAUGAAGAAACUGUUUUGGGAAGAUGUUCCAAACCCCAAGAAUUGCUCCUGGGCGCAAGGAGUUAAUUUUCAGAAGCCUGAAACUUUUGAGCAUCUUUUUAUCAAGCACCCCGAAGCAAUGUCAUUUGAGCCUCUUCUUCUGGAACCAGAAAUAGUGCUGGAAGACAUCAGUGUUACUAAAGUGAUGAAAAAAGAAGACACACAAGAUUUUUCAGUAAUUGAUUCAAUGUUUACAAAAAUUCAAGACUCUGAACAUGACUCUGCUUGCUCUAGCAGCCAUUUCAAUAGUAGCAGCUUCUCCGAGAGCUCCCGUGAUGACCAAAUCGGUGGAGAAAUUACAAGGCAGUCCGAUAUUAAAUAUGCUACUAUUAUCAGUAACUCCAGAUCAAGUGGGCUUUACGAACAGAAAAUGACUCUAAGAAGUUGUUUUGAUAGAUGCUUCUUAGCUGAAGAUUCCUUAGUUACAGGUGCUUUCUCAAGUAGCUCUUGGGAGGUGGGAAAUGGGGCAUUCCUCUUAUUACCUGAUCCGCCUGGCAGGCAGCCCAGCAAGACUCUUUCGCUUUCCCUUAUUUCUUCAGAGGGAUUUUCGGAGCCGUCAGAUCAGGAUGACGCUUUCACAGACGGAGAUAGUCCUGAGCGGAGCCUGUAUUACCUAGGGAUAACAUCAUUGGAAAAAAGAGAAAAUGACGUUUUUUUAACAGAAAGUUCCGGGGUGAUGUGUCCGUUCCAUACAACCGAUGUCCUCAAAGAUGUGGGGUUUCUUCAGCAUACACCGCCUAAUUUGAAUGUGUGUUUCCAAAGUAGCCUGAAGUAUAAAGCCAUUGUGCCAUACGUGCCGCAGUUUCAGAUGACUGCUGCCAAGGUGCAAGAGACCACAGAGAAAAACUCUUAAGUCAUCACACCACAAUUUGAUACUCUUAAUGGUUUUUUAGGUGUUGAUACCUUCCCCUGUUUUUCCCUCUCCUGACUUCUUUCAGGGGCUCUCCUGUUUUGAAGCUGGGUAACUGGUUCUAUAUUUGAGUGCCAGAGUUUUAGUAGGAAGAAAUUCCAUUUCUUGACCUAAUUUUCAAACAUGGGGCCUUCCUUCAGAGAUUGGAUUGUGUUCAAAUUACCCUCUGGUGCCAAAUGGCGUAUUGUUGAUGCCCGUUAGGCGUAUGUCUGAGCAGCCCCGUGAAGAACCGCAGUUGGAAUUGGACUCGGUGCCGUAGACGUCCAGGUGAGAGGAUGGGACGCGAUGCAGAUGCAGUCUGCGCUGACGCCCGGUCAGCUCUGCGCGCUAGGCUGUGGUCUGUCCCCAGGGCAGAGCCGCCGACAGCUUUGUAAGCCCUCUGUAGCCGCAGCCGGCUGCCGGGAACGUCCCCGGCCACCGCGUUGCUCAUCUGCAGGGCAGAGCACAGCAGCACCUUCCCGGUGUUGUCAGUGCGUGACCAGAGACUCUUCCUCCAGCUGGGGAGAGGUGGAGGAGUCGGGGGUUUUGCAGGCUUUGGUGUGGAGAUUCCCAAACGCUCCUCAAGGGCUGGGAAGGAUCCAAGCAACAUAGACCAAAGGAACACAGCUCCUCUCUCAUGCAUUUGCUAAACGACCCUUUACAGUCCCGAUGCAGAUUGCAGCCGGUUCUGUAGCAGUGGGCUUCUUUCAGUUUAUUGUUGUCAAACAGGACCAUGUUUUCCACUGGGGUGAGCACAGUGUGUCUGUUGGCAGUACAGACCCGUACACACGUUUCUUCUCUCUGUUCAGGAGUAAAGUAUUGCUGCAAACGACGUCAGCAAACUGUGUUGAAAGACCUUGUUCUUGUUUUAGGGUUUGCUUGGAGACCCUGAGGGCAGGAUAGAAAGGAGUGACCUACUAUGUACAUGUGUGGUGUUUUGAGGGGAAAAGCUCGAAUGUGUCAUUUUGCUGGGAAUGAUUUGGGACACGGAGUGCUACAGGCUGAGUCGACCUGGAUGCGGUGCAGCCACUGGCCGUUCAGAAAGACUGCCAGGUUAUGAUACAUCGGUAUCCACUUGGACUGGUGGUAAACAGAUGCACUGUACAAAUACCAAAUAUAUUUGUUAGGGUUUUUUUUCUCCAAAAUUCUGAUGUAUUUAUUGCUUAGCUGACCUCUGCAUUAAAUUGAGCCUGUGAAUAUGCAGAUGGUCCACGUGAAAAAGUCAGAACGCUCUAUUUCAGGUCUUGAAAGGGAGGCCCUGACCAAUGAUGGCAAACUUGUGGCUGCUGUUCGGGGUCUUUUUUUAAAGUAAAUUGAAAAUACUCAUCAGUAGCAUCAAAGAGCUGUAGAAGAAACUGUGAGGUCAGAGACACGUGGCGAACAGUGCAUCAAUGUGUAAAACACUCCCUGAAGAAGUAGUGGUUCCAGUAGCUAAAGACUUACGGUACUGCAAGAGGAAGAGAAUCAAAAUUCUUGCGGCUACAUUAAUUGUGGCCUGUUAUCUGCAUAAAAUUAUGUGCUUGGAAGUAAAAUGUCCACAUUUUUGUUGUUGAACAUGAGAUUCUAGUACAAAUGGUACUGCCGUAAAACUACCAUCUCUUCCAAACCCCUUUCCUAAGAGCCCACAGUAGAAAAGGCAGUAAUUUGAUCCAGGGCUCCUGUAUUCUUGGUCUUCGGUGAGCUAGCCUGUCUGUAUGGACUUGGAGAAGUCGGUUUGCCUUCACAAGCCCUGCUCCCCUCAGCUGAAAAGCUUCACGAUGGGAGGAAAAUUAGGUCUUGCAACUGAGCUGUAUUUUCUGGGAUAAGCUGGUAAAGAAAAAACACACUUACUUGCAAGCCAAAUAUAUUUUUUGUACUUCAUAGUUAGUAAAUAUUUUUGUAUAUGUGCCUUUUCAAAGAACUAUUUUGAGGAGCUAAGAAAGAUUAAUAUAUUGUGUAUUCCAAAGCUAAAUUUAUCUGAAACUUAUAUAGCCAAUUAAAAACAAAAGGGCAAAACCCAGCAACAAUAGUAAAUGAUAGGAGAGGUGUGGAAACACUUUAAUAUAUUAGUGAUAAGAAAUUCUAUGGAGCAAAAGGGACCAAAGCAAAUAUAUAUCUGCACUUUGAAUUUAAGAUAAGCUUUACCAAAAAACCCACUGCUUUUUCUCAAACAAGCUGCUAACCUGGCUCUUGCUGGGGGUCUCUGUUUCUGGAUGUUGAAUAUAACAUGGAUCUCAUGUACUUGUUUCAGAAAUAUUGCAUGUGGUGGGGGGAACUAAGACCUGUUUCAUGUUAGUAGCCAAAACUCACUGUCACUUGAAAAUGUGGUUGGAGGCUGCAGGGACAAACCUGAAGGUUCCCAUAGAGUUCCAGGAGCAAAGCUGUGAUUAGCACCCAGGUGAAUGCUUAACUUAGAAUUCAUCUGAAAAAAGAAAUUCACUCCUGCCAGCACAUGAACUUGAUGCAGCACAACCUCCAGGGUCCUAAGGGUGCCCCGGGAACGGACUCGGGUGUUGGAUUCUGCCUCUCCUGACGGUUUGUCCACCGGAUCCAGCAUCCCCUGAAGUUUGAAGAUGCGGGGAGGCUAGUGUAGGUCGGCUGUCCCACCAAACCCGCCCCAGCUAGUGCCGCAGGGAUCCCUCAUGUGGUGCAACCGAAUUUGGGGUGGAAGACCCAGAUUCCUGCACAUCAACCUUCUCCUCCUGUUAACCGGCGAUGCAGAGGUAAUGUGAACUAUUGAAAUGCGGUUUUGUGACAGCUGCCGUAGUAUAACCGUAUCACCUUCUGUUUGGAGGAGAGAGUCCCCUCCCAGCGCCCCUGCAGCACACCCAUCUGCUGAAACUUCUUGCUGUUGGGAAGUGAAAAGGGUAGCGCAGCUGUCUGUAGACUGGAAUAAUAAACGCAUGGUUCGUCAUGAGGUUUGGAUUUCUUUAAUUACAAUGUUCAGAAAAAUUCUUUAGUUGUGUUUGAAGGUCAUCUUGCUCAAGAAAUGAAAAGCUCACGCUGAUUUUACCAUACAGAGUCCUUAUCCAGUAACCCUGUAGGGACAGGAGUACCAUUAACCAUGGGAACGAUCAGCUGAGUGAACCAGUGAAGGCUUUGCUGGGAACACAGGAAAAUGCAGGAGUUAAUCUUCUGUCCCCCAUCAUGCAGGACUCUGACGUGCCUCAGAGGUGAUGGUGGGAGAGCGUUUGCAGCCUGGACUUGCUGUGAUGCCUGCAGCUGUGCUCGAGGGUUGCUGUGUUAAAAAAGAAGCGCAGAACGUCUUCCCUCGAUGGAAGUUGGCAGGUACCCAGGUAUCGCCACCUUUGGGAGUCCAGCCUGUCCUCCUGGGUGCCUCUGCCAUCCCAAUCAUGGUUUUUUCCUAAUGGCCAGAGCAAGAGGUGCUCUUUAGAAAAACAAAUUGAUGUGAGUGUAAGAAAUGCUGCAAAUAUUAGCUGAUCUUUUCUGCUUCAGCAAAAAGAAAAGAUUUUAAGUAUAAUUACUGUAGAACCAAGCGAUUUAAUCCCUUAAUGUAGGUGUGCCUUUUCUGAAGCAAUCUCCAUACCAUGUUACCAAUCCCUAAGUUUCUGACAGUGCAGGUAAACCCAGGUCCUGACCCAUAGUGAAGGGCAGGACACAGCUGUACGAGUUUAUUCAAUAAAUACUUCCUAAAACUG